ACACAUAAUACACCCUCUUUAAGGGAGAAAAUAAAUAUUAAAUAUUAAAGCGUGCUUUGUAAAUGUGCACGCUUGCUUGUUAUGUGGCUUGUAUUUUCAGAGAAUAUGGUGCAACAGCUUUAUUAUCCAUAUUUGAAGUCUCCCAAAUUUAUUAGGGAAAUAUACAAUGGUCUGAUGAAGGCAAUGGUUCUACUCAUUUUAAAAAUUAUACAAAGAUAAAAGAUUGUUUUCUACAAUAACAAUGCUGUACAUCACCAAAAGAACACCAUCAAGUUCCAUGGUAGUGGAAGCAUUAUGCUUUGGGGUGGAUUUUCUUUAGCUGAAAUUGUUAACCUUGGUCACAAAGUAAAAUUAUUAGUAGUUUCAAAUACCAGUCUUGCCUCAAAAUCUUAUUAUGAACAAAAAUCGAGACAUUUCAUCAUGGGUGAGAAGAUUUUUUUUAUAUACACUGCAAAAGUAAACUGAAGGAUUAAACAACCCUUUUUCUCUCUAGUAAUCCUUCAGAGUUUUUUGGAAAUACUUAAAGAUACUUUGUGCAUUUCACCAAUGUGGGGCAAUAGAAAACUCACACAAAAAAGCCGAUAGGACAAUCCAUAAAAAGAUGAGCAGCCCCAGGAGAAAUGGCAGUUCUAAAUGUAAAUAAUUGUUAAUCAUGUGGUCACAGCAGUGUGAGUGGUGCCAGCUUUCCUGAUUUGCAAUUGUCAGAAGCAUAUGAUCUGAUGGAGUCCCACUAUGCCAUCUAAUCCAGAGGCAGUCUGGCUUUAAGACAUGUGAUACAGUUUUUACACUCAGCCAAGCUGCACGGGAACAUUUGUCUCUCAGUGCUCGCUGAGUGAGGAGGGACUCAGCGAGAGCCGCUGCUCGGAGGCUGCCUCUCACUGGAAGGAUGCGGACGCUGGAAGAAAAGAUUCCAACACAGUUAAUUAAGGAGCGCUCCACACGUGCUUGUAAAAUGCGAGAGGGUAAAUGAAUUCAGUCACUGGGAGCAGCUCCUCAAGGUGAAGAAUUGAAAAGCUUUAAAUUACUCUUUUUUCCCCCCCUGACACCGGCUUGACGGUUAUUUCUGAAUCACUGGACUGUUGCUAUCAAAGUGUGGAGCGGGGAGGCAGAGUCAGUGGAGUUCCCUCCUCCAGCCAAAUUCAGAGUUCCUAGAUGGGAUCAACAUAACCGGGAAAAUGGAUGGAUUUACAGAAAACUGUUGAGAUUUUUGCACACUAUUUGUUGGGUUGCACAGCAGAUGUGUCCUGUCAUGUCCUGGCUGCUCUGCCUGUGCCUCUGGGUCAGCAUAACGGCCAUCCAGCUGUGUCAGGCCACCUUCUACGACACCAUCCAGCAGCAUCCUGGGACGAGGCCCGGCCGGACCACAAUUCACACGAUCGAGGGAGGCACGUGCGAAGUAAUAGCUGCUCACAGAUGCUGUAAUAAGAACCGAAUUGAGGAGCGGUCACAGACGGUGAAGUGCUCCUGUUUGCCCGGGAAGGUAGCUGGAACCACAAGAAAUAGACCCUCAUGUGUGGACGCAUCCAUAGUAAUUGGAAAGUGGUGGUGUGAGAUGGAGCCUUGCCUGGAGGGGGAGGAAUGCAAGACGCUUCCUGACAACUCCGGCUGGAUGUGCUAUGCCGGAAACAAGAUCAAAACCACAAGAAACACUCAGCCAUACACAACAUCGAUGUAUUAACAUUUGGUUGGAGAGGAUGCAAGGGAAUACCUCUGGUUCAAAGCACUGUCAUUGGACCAAUUAUCACAAGAGACAAUGAGCCUAUUGUUGCUUCAAGAAAUGUGAACACUUUCAAAUCAAAGUGUAAAAAUAUGUACAUAAAGCACUUGGUUGAGGCUCCUGAAAAUACGGAUGCUUCAGGCAGCCUAAGAGGAACUUCAUCACAACCCUCUAAUGAAUCUAUUUUGAUCAUUUUUCUUCUUCAACUUUGACAUGGAGGAUGGCUGUCUCUGCAUUUGGAAUUAUAUUUUGGGAGUGACUGCUUAGUGAGACGGAUGUCUGCGGCAAAAACCCAAAACAGGAGAAAAAGAAAUCAAAGUACAUGGAAGGAACAAGUGCAGAAGUUGACAGCCCUCAGGAUUUUUUUCUCCCUUUUUUAAUAUUGUGGAGUGUAAAAUAUUGUGCAUAAAAUGUUUGUCUUUUCCAGUGUACAUGAAAACUUAAUUUGUGCUGUUGGUAAAUCUUCCCUCUUCCUCUUACAUGCAAAACCCAAAACAGCCAAAGGUUGAUGAAACUGAGUAGAUGAUGUGAAGAUGAAACAAAUGCAUUGUGAAAGAGAUGUUUGUGUUGAGACAUUUUACCAUUAGUCUGUGGGCUACUUGUAUGCCUUUCAUCACCUCCUAAAUGGCUUUACGAAUUGAACUCGCGACCAUUUACCCUGGAACUGAUGAACCCGACAGAAAUGUGCAAUCAGUGGGUUGUUUUCAAUACUUGAAAUGCCUUAUUUAUGUUAAAUGGUUCAAAUGAUGAUUCUGUACAUAUGAAGCCAUUUAUUGAUAUGUGCUGAAUUCCAUUAAAAUUGUUGUUCCUGUAA